ACACACCCACACCCACACCCACACACCCACACCCACACCCCACACCCUCAUUACUCAUAUAUGACAAAAAAUUCAACAACGAAUUCCUAUGUUGUUUAUUAAAGUUCUAAUAGAACAAAAACAUUCAUCAUUAAGUAGAAUUCAUCAUAGUGCAAUUCAUUUUUCUAUGGUAUGAUAUUUUUAAUCAUUAUUUAUUUUGUUUUUAUUUUCAUCUUUGAGAUAUUUAGAUUUGAGCAAUGAAAAGAUUUGAAAUUGAACGUGAUCUUCUUAUUCGAUCAUAUGAUACAUUUGAUCGUAUUAAAAUUCAUUGUCUUUUUCAAAUGAAAAAUAAAUAAUGUUAUUGUAUUCAUUUAUCAAGAGAAAUAAAAAAAUUUAUUAAAUUUUAUAUUUAUUUAUUUUUCAGAUAAUUAAUAUUGCAUCAGAAUUGAUUCAUAAUCGAUAUUUAGUUAUUGAUUUACUUAAAUUAGUAAAUACAAUUGUUAUUGAAGCAAAUUACCAUUUAAAACUAAUAAUAAGAAUUCUGUUCUUUUUUUCCUCAUCAUCAAAGAUUAAAUUAAUUAUUCAUUUUCGUAGAAAUCAUUAAAUCGGUCAUCUAGUUCACUUUCACCUUCACUAUUUAAUAGAACAAACAAUCAAUAAUAACAUCAAUUAAAAGUAAUAUUAAACAAUUAAUUUCAGCAAAAAAUUCAUGAGAUUUUUUUUUGUUUUAAUUGUUUGGUAAGUUUAUUACAUAAUAGACAGUGUUUGUUUUAGAUUUUUAUUAAAAAUGGUGAUACUGGUACCACGUGCCGAUGUGAAUGUUGAUAUGGGAGAGUCAGGAACCAGUACAACAACUAUUGCAACGGAUUAUUUAGGGCCGUGUCUUUGUUUUCUGUUCGAUAUGAAGUUUCUUGGUCAUAGUGUGUCUUUUAUUAGUCAUUAUUCAUUUUCAAUUAAUGACGAGAAAUUAUCACCAUCAGAGUUACUAAUUAAAAUCCUUUAAUAUCUUGUUACUGAAUUACACUAUUCUUUUCCGAUUCCUGCACUUAUAUCUGAAGAAGGUCAAUCAUACUUCUCAAACUUGGUUUUACUUAUAGCCUGAGGUGAUCCAAAAGAAUGUAAAAAUAUGCACAAUGCAUUAUGUAUGUUAAACUCAAAUGACAAUAAUUUUAGUAUUGAAAACGAGUGUGAAGAUAAUGAAGUACGUUUUCUUUAUUAUAAAUUAAAGAAAAGAAUUAUUAUCAUCAAAUCAGUGUCAAUGAUGUUGAAAAAUAAGGAUGAAUUUGCUGGUAAGUAAGAAACUAUAAAACAUGUGUUCGAAUUUAUUUAAAUUUAUUUUGGAGCAGCAGCGAAAAAAAUAUGGUAAUGAUUAUUCAUGUUUGUAUAUAAGAUACUGUUGUGAAAGCAAAAAUGUAACAAUGGGAUUGACUUGGACGAAAAAUGAAAAUCACGAUAUUGCCUUCUUUCAGAUGAAUUUAUACUCAAAUGAUUUAUCACGUUUUCAAUGGGAACUUCAAUACGACAAAACAAAUGCUUUGAAGAUUUCUUUUAAUUGUAAAAAAAGUAUUAAAAGACCGAUUAAGACAAGUGUUAGCUCUUAUUCCAACAACAGACCCAUUUGUUACCUUGUAAGUAUACUUUUCUAAUUAUAGAAUAAAUUUUCUAAGGAUAGACAUGUCGCACUCUAAUUAUAUUUCUUUCUCUUAUAUUUCUGCUCUCUCCUAAUCUUAAUAUAGUUUAAAAUUUUUUAUUUCUUUCAUAGUCCACCUGAUUCACGUGAUUUAUUAUAUUCAUCAAAUAUUAAAAUUGGUAUUAAUGGAUUUAAUCGUAUUGGUCGGCUUGUAUUGCGAUGUGCACUUGAACAAGGUAUUCAAGUAAUAGCUGUUAAUGAUCCAGAUCCAUCGGUUUGUUUGCAACCUGCUGUACAUAUGGUUGAUAAGUUGAAAUUUGAUUCAGCAAAUGCAUAUUUCGAAGGUGAAGUUUUCCAUAAAGAUAAAUUUAUUGUUGCCGAUCAAGUAAUCAGCGCCCUCACUGUACAACGACAAACAUGCGUUCCACCAUGGGAUGAACUCGGUGUUGAAUAUGUUGUUGAAACAAUCUGUAAAUAUACAACAAUUGAUGAAUAUAAAUCACAUUUACAAGCUGGUGCUAGGAGAGUUAUCAUUACAGUACUAUCAGCUGAUGCUCCAGUGUUUGUUAUGGGGGUCAAUGAAGAUAAAUAUACAGGAAGAGAAACAGUUCUUUCUAGUACAUUCUAUACAACAGCAAAUUGUUUAGCACCACUUGUUAAAGUUGUUCAUGAAAAAUUUGGUAUUGUUGAAGCUUUAAUAACAGCUUUAAGUUCAUCCAUUCGUGUACAAGAAACUGUUGAUGAACCAUCAGAUAAAAUCGGAAAAAUAAUUCCUGACUUGAAUGAAAAAUUAACUGGCACGAGUUUCAUUUUUUCAACAUUAAAUGUUUCACUUAUUGAUCUUACUGCUCGAUUAAACAAAGGCACUACAUAUGAAGAAAUUUGUGCUGCAAUUCGAGAAGCUGCUAAUGGUCUAUUAAAAAAUAUUUUGGCUUAUAGUGAUGAUAAUAGUGUUCCAACACAUGAUAUCGUUGAUAAAUAUUCAUUAAUCUUUUAUGCUCAAGCUGGUAUUUUGCUCAAAGACAAUUUUGUCAAACUUGUCUUAUGGUGUAACAAUGAAUAUAGUGAUGCAUAUCGUGUUAUGGAUCUGAUCAAAUAUAUUUUCAAAAAAGAUUAUGAAGAUAAGCUUAAACAAACCUUGGAAUGA